GAGAGAGAGAGAGAGAGGCGCGCCCUAACGGAUGCUCCUGUACACGCUAGUUUUUGGUUGUCCGCUCGCUCGUGCGUCUCCGAGCCGGUUUCAGCACUACACUCAAUGGGAACAGCUCUCGCUUGGUUUGACUCAGUUCUGUGACAUUCGGGAAAGACGCGUCGAGAUCCCCGCGUGCGUUAACGGGAGUGAGUCUGUGGGGAAAGUCGGACCGCAUGCUGGAGCUUCGGCUCGUCACGGACUUACUUGCAGACGCCGAAGCUCGCACAACCGUGCGCCGGCUCUGACGCGUGAUGGCGGAGUGCGGGCGGAGGGCGCUGUCGCUGCUCGAAGCGGCCCGCUCCCGCUACGAGAGCUUGCAGAUUUCGGACGACGUGUUCGGGGAGUCGGGAGACGACAGCAGCGAGAACCCGUUUUACAGCACCACCGGAGACUCCAACUCGGACAGCUGUGCGGAGGCGAGCGGUGCAGGGGCCGGAGGCACGCGCGCUCCUCCUCCCGGCUCGGCCUCUGCUGGACACGCGGAGCUGAAAGAGGGAGAAGAGGAGGAUGGAUGGAAUGAUGCGUUACAGGACACCGACACCCCACACUAUAAAGACACACACGGUCCUACACAGAAAAUGCCGGCCACUGCCACAGCCAUGGAUUUCUUCCAGCUCUUCGUACCUGACAACGUCAUUCAGAACAUGGUGACUCAGACCAACAUGUACGCUAAGAAGUACCAGGAACGCUUUGGCAGUGACGAAGGCUGGACCAACGUGACAGCGGCUGAGAUGAAAGCCUUCCUGGGCUUCGUGAUCUCCACCAGUGUGCACCGCUGUGAAUCCGUCCUGAGCAUCUGGAGCAGUGGCUUCUUCAGCAACCGCAGCAUAGCACUCAAGAUGAACCAGGCACGCUUCGAGAAGAUCCUUAAAUACUUCCAUAUCGUGGCCUUCCGUUCAAGCCAAGGUGGUAAUCAGGGCCUUUACAAGAUCCAGCCCUUCCUGGAUUCACUGCAGCAGAGCUUCAGCUGUGCCUUCCGGCCCUCACAAACACAGGUUCUGCAUGAACCCCUGAUCGAUGAGGACCCUGUGUUCAUCACCACAUGCACUGAGAGGGAGCUGCGAAAGAGGAAGAAGAGGAAGUUCAGCCUGUGGGUGCGACAGUGCAGCUCUACUGGCUUUAUCUGUCAGAUUUAUGUACAUCUGAAGGAGGGUUCUGGUCCAGACGGCCUCGACACACUGAAAAACAAACCACAGCUCCACAGUCUGGUGGCCAGGCAGCUCUGUCAGAACCUGUCUGGACGUAACGCCAUCAUUUUCACCGGCCCCAGCAUCACCAGUCUCAGCCUGUUCCAGGAGUUUGAGAAUCAGGAUAUCUACUGCUGUGGGCUGCUAAGCACCAGGAAGAGCGACUGCACCGGUUUGCCUGCAUCCAUGCUGCGUAACCCUGAGGGCCCUCAGCAGCGCGGCCAGUCCCACAUCAAGAUGAAGGGCAACAUGUCGCUCAUCAGCUGGUACAACAAGGGCAACUUCAGAUUCCUCUCCAACGCCUACUCGCCUGUCAAGCAAGGUGUGAUCAUUAAGAGGAAGAGUGGAGAAAUCCCGUGUCCUCUGGCUGUGGAAGCUUUCGCCGCACACCUGAGCUACAUCUGCAAAUACGAUGACAAGUACAGCAAGUACUUCAUUUUCCACAAACCCAACAAGACGUGGCAGCAGGUCUUCUGGCUCACCAUCAGUAUCGCCAUCAACAACGCCUACAUCCUCUACAAGAUGUCUGACGCCUAUCACGUUAAACGUUACAGCCGUGCCCAGUUCGGUGAGAGGCUCGUCAAGGAGCUACUGGACUUGGACGACUGCUCACCUACAGAGUGAAGUGACCGCAUGCUGUCUCUCUCACACACACACACACACACACACAAUCAUGCAUAGACAGUGACAGCUACCAAGCUGGGGCUGUCAGGCUCACGAUAAUGACGUUUCCACUCUAUCUGUGACAAAUCAAAGCCGUGCCAAGUGUAUUUAAAAUCAGCAGUCCUCACAGCCUCUCCACGAUACACCUCCCUCCUCCAGUCCAUCACAGGACCCUGUAUAUAAACCAUUCCACUGUCUUUGUGUGUCUUUCUGCUGCAUGAUGAAUGUGAGUGUACCACCCUGUAAAUGUGUAAUGAUUUUUAUGACAUAGUGUUUGUGUAGUCUGAACCCUGUGAUGAACCGUUUUGUGGAUUUGCUCCUGUAGGUCUCAAGGACAACUUGCAGCACUGAUUUAAAAACAAAACAAAAAACGAUGUACCCGCAGCGAUGAACAUUCCUGAGUGGAAAUCAAGAAUGUAGUGUCAUUUACAUUCAUCGAAACGGAAGCGGCAAAGUCUUCCAAAAAAUUCAUUAGAAAUCUUGUUAAUUUUGCUUCACUUUGCUCUUACAGUUGAGUGCAAAAGUUUGUAUACCCUUAGUACUAAAGGAGGAUGAUUUAUAGCAGGAAGACAUUGAGUGUAUCACAUUGCACCUUUUCUAAAGGGUGGCAAAUAGUGUAUGUUCGGAUUUUAUUAUUGUAAAGAAAAAUAGUAUCUCCCUUCCCUUGUUUCAACCCUUUACAGCUGCCUCUAGUCUCUUUCAUGUGCUCUGAUUUUAAUAUUUGACUCCCCAUCCUGAAAAAUCUCUACUGGCCAGUCUUUGUCCAUUCUUUUGAUAUAUAACCUCUGCAUACCAAUGUAAUUUGUUUUGGAGGAGAAUUCUUAAGGUAUUGUGAAACAAAUUUUCCCAUAAGAAAUAAUGCAAUCCGUUCCAGCCUCCCAAAAAUAUUACUAAUAUUACCAAGGGUCAAGGGUCCUCACAGGAAGUCGUGCCACCACCAAGCUUGGGCCACCCAAAUAAACGUGUGAAAAAUAACGUAGCUUUUGUACUGCAGGCCGAAGGUAACGUUGGUAUCGUGGGUUGACUCUUUCGAAACAGCUUUUGCUGACUGAAAAACAUUCAUAAAAUUCAUAAACUCACUCCGCUUGGCUUUCCACGUUUUGAACGGCUCCCGGAACGUGUCCGCAAAGCAUUCGUUUAGCUCUCCCCAGUGCAAAAAAUUCUUAAAAAUUGCAAUUUUUUCUUUAGAAAAUUUCGAUUUUUAAGGUGAAGGGAGGAUAUUCAUACGCUGAGGUUCCACUGUAUCUGUUAAAAUUCGGUCAGAUCUCACAGCCUUUAUUUAAAUCAGGUCUGAUUGCCAGGUCACGGAGUUUACUCAAACUAUAAUCUGUUCAUUUUUUAACUUAGAUUUUCAUUUAUAUAAUUUCACAUGUGCUGAGGUGCCAACAUUUAGAGUUAAGCCAUAACGUUUAUUUGGUUCUUCUUUUAUUUUUUCCCCCUGGGCAAGACUGUGAGAUAUCUUUGGUCAGUAAAAAAUAGAUAAAGUGCUUAUUUCUUGGAGAGAAAAACAUCUUCCUCAUCCAGUGACAAACACGCAGAUUGUUUGUUUAUUUCUCUCGCUGCCUGCUGGGAUUUUCUUGUCAGUAAUGUUGGCACCUCUGUGUACAUUUAUUUUGAACAUACCCAGAAACCAGAGGGGUAUACAAACUUUUGCAUUUAACUGUACAUCUUUAUUUAUUCCACUGAAGGUCUUUUCCUGAUUCAGGCUGAUAUAAAAAAAUAUGGUCACAUGGGAGUGAACUAUAAAAAAAAAAAAGAAGAAGAAGAAGAAGAAGAAGAAGAAACACAUGCACUUUCCCUCUCGAUUUUUUGCACUUUGGAUUCCAAGGGAAAUGUAUAAAAACAGACCAAAAUGACAUGAUGACUCCAAAUAAACGUGUAACCGAAUUCGUCACAUCCACCAAGAGGAAUUCAUGUUAUGAUUUCCUGCAGCCGGAGGAUAAGAAGUGUGUGCUCCUCAUUUCAUUAGCAUUCUGCACAUUAUCAUCCUUUAUUUAUGCUUUGAGGAAUUUGAAUGCAGGAGCGCGUGAGUGUAAAUGAGAAGAUUGUAAAUAGAUGUUACUGUGUUGUGUGUACCAUUGAUGUAAGUGUGAUGUUAGACUGAGUGAGGAGAUCAGGGGAUGGAUUCCUGCCCGUCAUCUGACUGCCUGGAAAGUGAGCGAAGAAGAUGGUAAAAGGUUUCGACGUGGCAACGAGACGCUUCUCAGAUUUCAAAAUGACUCAUUUAACCCAUCACUUCGGGUUGUCUGAGCUGCUCUGAUGAAACAUUCUGGCAGGAAUAUGGAUGGAUAUUUGCUCACUAAACACAGAAGUGAUGGAUGAUGUUUUCAUAGUGGCUAAGAAAUGUAUUAUAACAAAAAAUUUUCAGUAACACUUUGCUGGAAGACAUACAUUGUAGGACACAGGACGAGAUUUCACCACUGGAUUAUUUUUGUUGUUGUAAGUUAUAGCUGCUUGAUAGACAUUAUGUGCUGAAAAUGAUUUCAUUUGGUGUGUAUAUGGGGAUGUGGUAGCUUUGUGGUGAAGGUUUUGGACUCAGAAGAUUGUGAGUUUGAAGCCCAGGAUCACCAAACUGCCACUGCUGGGCCCCUGAGCAAGGCCCUAAAGCCUCAGUGAGAUAAAAACGGAAGUCAUUCUGGAUAAGGGUGUCUGCCAAAUGCUGUAAAUGUAUAUAUUUAAUGCUGAUGCACUGCACCUUGAUGCUAUAUUGUGCAUUUGUGAAUCUCACUACACACAUUGGUCAAAUCAUCUGCUUGACGGAUGAACAGUCUUGAAUGGACAGAUUAAUUAGCAUGCAUGAGAUGCAAGAAAAUACCACAAGAGUAAAUAACUGGGAACUUCAAACACCAACAAAUACAUUAAUCUUCCUUAAUCUGAAUUUAUAUACGAUUUUACCAGCUAACUAGCCACACAUUUCUAUAUUUAAGUUCAACAUUGGAUCAUCAGGCCAAUAGGUUUUCAUAUGUACAUUUUUCUAGAAAUUUCAUGCAGCAGUUAUGGUAUGCAAUGAAAUAACCAUUCUGCUCCUGGCCUUCAGAAAAGUGUUACUGAAGAUUCACUAAUGAGUAAAAAAAAAACUAAAAGCAAUGUUGUAAUGCUGCUGCGUACGCACUUGUAGUUCUGCUUGUCGUUUCUUCCAUAUCACUGUGCGACGGUCACAUACGACACUGACCCCCUGACUGUGCGUCAGAUGGAUGCCAAAGGAUUGCUCAAGCACUUAAUGUUGGAAGGCAAAUAAGUAAUAAGUGGAAAAAGGAAGCAGAUUUGUCUAAACACCAGAAAGCAGCUCUGUCACACACCAUCGCUCUUGAAGCUCUGGACUGAGAACUUACUGAAGCCAUGUUAAAUCACUUCUCAGCUGUUUUUCCACGUUACGGUUACUCUGGAGCUGUUAACUGCAUCACUGCUUUCUUGCUGUCAUCACCCUGCUCCUUCUGUCCCACGGCCAGCUCGAUAGUGAGGAAAAGAAACAGCAUGCUGAGAAGAGGCCGAUAAAAGUGGUGCAUGCUUUCUUCACGGUCAGUCUGAAUAAAGUAAGAUGAUGUAUGGUGUAUAAUUAAACAUAUUUUCUAUCUGUAUAUUUUUGUUGAAGGCAAAAUGAUUGUUUAAUCUUUUUCUAAAUGUCUUCUUUUGAUAUACUAUGAACAGUAGUAGAGGUGUAGACAUGACCGUUUUGUAUUCCUGACUUUGAAGGAAUCGUGACCUGCCCUGUCCUUACCCGUGCCCAAAAAAAAAUUCCCACCCGUCCUCCUGGCUCCCAAAAAGAACUGUGACCCACCCUAUCAAAUCUCAAAGGAAUGCUAUCUAAUCUUACAUACUAUUAAAGGAAUUCUGACCAAAAAGCCACUUCUCCUGCCCACACCCAAAUAAAAUGUGAUCAAUUUUUCCCUCUACCGAAGGAAUUUAUCAAUCCUUCCUGCUCCAAAAAGAAUUCAUACACACCCUGUCCAGUGCUGAAGGAAUUCUGACCCAUAUCACCAAGUCCGAAAUGAAUUCAAAAAACAAUCCCACCUGCUCCCAAAGGAAUUCCUGCGCAUUCCUGAAGGAAUUCUGACCAAACUCACUGAAGAAAGAAUUCUGACCAAUGCCACAUACUCCUGAAGGAAUUCUGACCAAUCCCACCUACUCCUUAAGGAAUUCCUGCUCACCCCCAAAGGAAUUCUGACCAAUCCUGCCCACUCUUGACACACCCCCUGUCUCCUGAAGUUAUCCUGACCACACCCACUCACUCCCAAAGGAUUUCUAUCCAAUUCCAUCCAGUUGAUGGGGUUUCCACACCCUCCAAAAGAAAUUGUGACUGAUCCUGCCCCUUUCACAAAAAAAAAAAAAAAACCCACCUACCCCUAAAGGAAUUGUAACAGAUCCUGCCCCAUCCCUCAGGAAUUCUGACUAAUCUUACCCAUGUACAUCCUGUUGUAUCCAACACCCUCAUGUUAAUGAAGACGUGAGCAUCAUUUUAUGAUUUCCUGACGUACACCUCGAACACCAUGAGCGCUUUAUUACUAUGACUGCACUCUGUACACAUUGAGAUCUUUCAGGAAUUAGACGGUUCACUGUUUUUCCCAAAUUAGUUAUAACUCUGUUUAUUUUCUUGCCAGUUAAUUCAUGUUGAAAAGUUUUAUACCAGAAUAAAUUGCUGUAAUUAGGAACUGGUUAAACCACAGAAUUGUCAGAUUGCACCUUAUCCUAGUCCUCAUUUUAAUCCAUCGGAUGGAUCGUGGCUUUCAUUUCACUCAAUUACACAGUUUUUGCACUGCUGACCAACUGAAUGGCCAACGAUCCAACACACAGGCAAGUGCCACUAAUGUUUAUUUCCUGUGAUGCAACACAUGGUCUGAAAACAUGAAUGAAAGGGUUUAUGGGGUUAGAACCACACCUUCCUCUCUCUGUACUGUUCAGACAGAGGCUCAGGCGUAGAGAAUGGACUCCACCCGUAGGACGUUACUCGUGACUCUUUCGUCCUUGUGAGAGCUUAGUCUUGAGAAACCUCAGGGUUUUGUAAGUACAGUGAUGUACUGCAGUGCAAUAGAUAGGUGGAGGAGGACAGCAGGAUUAAUAUCGCUGGAUGGGGUGCUUUUUAAAACCAUGCUUAAUGCUGGUGAAAACUCUUAAGACUUGCAAAUAUUGCUUGAUGAACCCUGUACCUGUAGAGAAGCCAAAGCUCAUCUUCAUAGGCUGCUGAUUACUCGAGGCAUGCGAUUCUAGAUGCAUGUGCAGUUGACGGGCAAAAGCUGACAUGUCAGCAUCUGAAGAGGAAAACAUCUGUACAUCAUUAUUAGAAUUUGUUCAUUUUUAAGACCUGAUCAUUUACAUCGGACCAAAUCUCAAAGAAAAUGAUAGACAAGAGCAUUGUACAUAAUCCUGAUCUAUAAAUUCUCACAGCAGUAAAUGACUGUAGUGACUCUAGUGUGUGUGUGUGUGUGUGUGUGUGUGUGUUGCUGUAAAGACCUCUCGUGUCUUCGCAUUGUGAAUGAUUGUGAAAGAAUCUGUGUGCAAAUGUUCUGUGUAAUUUUCACCCAAUACCUUGCACCACUCUGGUUCUAGCUUUCCUUCACCCCUUUUUCUCUUCACCUUUGCCAGUGUAACUUUACACUAAUUUGCACACAAAUAAAUGGACAUGACUCUUU